AUCUCCUCACGGGACGCGCCGCCUGUCUGAGUAAUAUCCCAGGAACAACGCCGUGUUCUCCGUCUUUCGAAAUUCUGCUGUUCCACUCCACAGCGUGACUCCAGGUUGUCCUCCCAUCAUUCCUGUCCCAUUGGCCAAAAUGGUAUAGAUAUAGACGGUCACUUCGUCGCCUGUUCCCCGCUUAAGAUCGUCUCCUCAUUUUUUCGAUCUCCGCUCGGACAGGUCAAAAAGAUCCAACUGCCACCGCUUGCCCUGAAAGUGAACUCGAAAUUUCGCAGGUGGCUGCGGUGCGAAGGGCAAUAUCGCAAACAAUGGCGAGGCAUUUCCGGAAAGCAGCUCGCAUUAUCCUCAUCGGCGCGCCUGGUGUAGGAAAGGGCACACAGACAGAAAGGCUCAUAGCACGGUUUCCACAGUUAGCUGCCAUCAGCUCAGGAGACCUUUUGCGGGAGAAUGUCAGGAAGAAGACCCCACUGGGAAUCAAGGCCGAGUCAACAAUGUUGGCCGGGAACCUCGUCCCGGAUUCGACGAUUCUCGACCUGAUCUCCUCCGAACUACAGGCGAGGGGCUGGCUUACCCCGACCUCCAGCAAGACAGCUUCUUCCUCCAGCAAUCCUGCUCCGGCUUUCCAGUUAUCUCCCUCUGCUUCUUUCAUCCUCGACGGCUUUCCUCGAACAACAGCACAGGCUGCUAGCCUGGACAAACUCAUUCCGAUCAAUCUGGCCGUCCAUCUGCUCACGCCUCCAGAGAUUAUUCUCUCUCGUAUCGCCUCCAGAUGGAUACAUGCGCAGUCGGGAAGGGUCUAUAACACGGAAUUUAAUCCUCCCAAGGUCCCUGGAAAGGAUGAUAUAACCGGGGAGCCACUCACACAACGAGAUGACGAUUCUAUAGACACAUGGACACAACGGCUGAAGAAGUUUGAAGAGACUAGCAGACCUCUGCUCGAGCACUACGAGCGCAACGGUUGCCUCUUCCGCGCGGAAGGCAAUUCCAGUGAUGAGAUCAGUCCGAAGCUUUUCGCAGAAAUCGAACGGCGAUUUACUUAGAGACCAAUGCUCCUAUAUUGCGAGCCUGUAUAUAUACCACGUUUUUCCUUUCGUUCUUUGAGCCACGGUCUACAUUUUUAGCCUUUUUUCAUGGACUCCUGUAUGAUGACGCUGGUAACGGUCUCUUUUUUUUGGUUUGGGUGUACGAGGUUCAUCGGACGGUUAUCUGGACGGUCUCCUAGAAGCGGCUUGCUCAAGACUACCCAUGGACCCAUUGCGAUAUACCAGAUGUGAUGUGCAUCAUGCGUCUAGACAAUAGAUUGCAUAGUCUCAAUUGACGGAUGAAUUUCA